AUGCCACCGCUUCAUACUUCACUUCCACGUGCUCAAUCUCUGUCUGAAAACAAGAAUAUUCUCUUUCCACAAAGCUUCUACAGCUUCUUCGACAAGCUUGAGGAUUGUAUCUUACUCCUCCGCAGAGCUCAUGCAGCUACACAGCCAGGACAUAUUAUACCUUCGACCAUGGUAGAUGAGCGUGCCAGGAAUAGUAGUAAUACAGUAGAUAUGGACACUGAUUCACCAAUGUCAGUUGUUACUUAUUUGCAAGAGACAUUGCAAAUUCCACAAAAUACUAAUGAAUGCAGCAAAGUCCAGGAGAGUGAAUCUUUCAGGGCAGUUGCUGCCAAUAUAGUUGUUGGAUCUCUAACACCAGAUUCUACACCUUCUUCUGUGCAAGAAAGCACACCUAAGUCUUGCAUGACCAGUUUACGAGAACAUAAUCUGCCACCGAGAACUCCCUUUGCUGAUAUAACAAACACUGUGGAGAGGAGUGUAGUUCAUACCACUAAGGUGAAAGGUAAAGUCAGAGAAAGGAAAACAAUAUUUGAAAACAGUAAUAGCAUAGGCAAAGAGAAUGCAAAAGGGUCCACUUUGCAGAGCAUUGAAGCGCAUAGAACAAAGGGUGGAGUCAAAGACAAAGUAAGAACAACAAACUUGGAAAGCAAUAAUUUCGCAGAGAAAGGGAAGGGAAAAGUGUCAAAUUGGGAGAAUGCACCUCUAAAAGAUUGGAUUCGGAACUUAUUUGCAGAGGAAUUCUCGACAAACAAGAGCACUGACAGUGUGUUAUAUGAUGAGGAUUUGGAGGAGACUAGAUUUGAUGCUUCAUAUUUCUCGGAGGAUUCUGAUUCUGAUAUGGACUCUGCAGAUGUUGACAAUUUUUUCGAUGAUGAGUUUGAUGAUCAAAGUCAUGUAGAGCCUGACAGUGAGAAUAUAAAUCCAAAUGAAUCAAAUUUACAGAAGAAGUGCAGACGUGGUUCCAAGUAUCUUAUACCAGAGGAAUAUGCAACGCUUGGCGGCCCUUCUAAGCGCUGCCCUUCCUGCAAUGCUAUGAUGUGGCAUGAGGAGCGUGUAAACAAGAACGUGACAAAAGGCAAGCCACUAUUUCCACAGAAGUAUCAGGUUGUACAAUGCUAUGUUUGCGUUUACCUCGGCCGGGGGAACAAUGAUCAUUCCAUAAACAAAGGCAGGGGACCCUAUAUAUAUCGUUUAAAUGGCCAAAAUCACCAUGUGUUUGGUUCUUUAAUCCCUGAUGAUGGGGACACUCCAAAGUUCUGCCAGCUCUACAUAUACGAUACUGCAAAUGAGGUUAGCAAUCGUCUGCGCUGGGUUAAUGUUUCUGAUGAACAGCCUGUACAUGCAGAGGUUGUUGAUGGCCUGAUGCAGAUGCUUGAUGAUACUAAUGAAUUAAUGAAGAAAUUCCGCACUGCACGCGAUAGAUGGGAGAACAAUCAUAUCUGUGAUUUGAAAGUUGAACUUAAAGUUUGUCGCGCUCAGAAUGGGAGGGAAAAUCAUAUAUCUGCAUCCAACGAAGUUGCUGGUGUUAUGGUUGGUUCCACCUUGAAUACUACUCCCGAUCGUGAUAUCAUAAUUGAGCCUAAAUUUGGAAAACUUCAACGUAUUUCCUACAUUCAUCCCAAAUUUAUGGCACUGCAAUACCCUCUUCUCUUCCCAAAUGGUGAAGAUGGUUACCAUGACAAGAUCCCAUUUCAAAGUGCGGAUUUGUCAAAUUUGAAAGAGCGAGAUUUUAUAUCAAUGAAAGAUUUUUAUGCAUACCGUUUCCAAAUCAGGCCUAAUCAUUCUUUGACCACGAGGUUAGGUGGUAGGCUUUUCCAACAGUAUGUUUUUGAUGCCUUCUCUUCAAUUGAGCAAACACGUUUAUAUUGGUUUCGGAAAAAUCAAACAAUUAUGCGCAAUGAACUCUAUAGUCAUAUUUGUGAUUCUGUGCGUAAAGGUGAUUUGAGUGGAUCAAAUGUUGGGAAAGGUGUGAUCUUACCAGCUGGUUUUGUUGGAUCCAAACGAUACAUGCAGCAGAAUUUCCAAGAUGCUUUGGCGGUGUGCCGCCAAGUUGGUCACCCUGAUAUAUUUCUCACCAUGACCACAAAUCCUUUGUGGGACGAAAUUCAGAAAAUGAUGCAUUAUCUCCCAGGUUGUAAGUCUGAGAAUUCCCCAGACAUCAUUUCUAGAGUUUUUCGCCUUAAACUAGAUCAGCUCACCAACGAUAUCAAGAAGAAAGCCUAUUUUGGUGUUUGUGUUGGAGAGUUUCAGAAGCGUGGUCUCCCUCACGUGCAUAUGCUCAUAUGGCUUGACAGUAAAUCCAAGCUUUACUUGAAAAAUAAUGUUGACAAAUUCGUCUCAGCUGAGAUCCCUGAUCCUAUUAAAGAUCCUGUUGGAUAUGCUGCAGUGAAGGCCUUUAUGAUACAUGGACCUUGUGGAUUGCAAAACACUAAGUCUCCUUGCAUGAAAGGACUCAAAUGCAUCCGUCAUUUCCCUCAAAAGUACUCGGCCAGAACAACGUUUGAUGAAAGUGGAUUUCCUGUUUAUCGAAGAAGAAGACAGAACAUAAUAGUUAAUGUUCGUAAUGCCGAACUUGAUAAUCAAUGGCUGGUACCUUAUAAUCGAGAUUUAUUGGUCAAGUAUCAGUGUCACAUGAAUAUCGAGAUUUGUUGCCAUGCGCGAAGCUUGAAAUACCUCUUCAAGUAUUGCUUGAAAGGGCAUGAUACUGCUACUGUACAUGUCACUGGAAAGAAGAAAAGGGCUUCAAACCAAGAUCCAGAUAAGGCUAUAGAUGAAAUUGAUGCAUAUUUUGAUGGUCGCUACAUCUGCGGUGCUGAGUCAGCCUAUAGGAUUUUUGGUUUUCUGAUACACCACCGCACUAUUUCUGUUGAGCGGCUACCAUUCCAUUUACCAGGCAAGAAGAGUUGCACUUUCCAUUCUAAUCAGCCAUUAGACAAGGUUGCUGAUCGUGAGAAGAAUAGACUGAGCAAGUUGGAGGCAUUUUUCCAGCUAUGCACCACUAAUGUCGAUGCUCAAAUAACGAUGAUAUUGUUUUGGAAAGUAGGCGCUUAA